CACUGCAAUUGCUCAAUGACAGACGACUUGAACUCUUGUGGUCAUAUCACAUGCUUAUUGAGGCACUCACUCGCCACUACUGUACACACUUCGUGACAAGACGAUGAACCGUGCGGACUUUACUAUCAAAACACUUCCUCGUGCCUAAACACGCUCUAAAUAAACAAACCUACUCAAAUAUUUAAAGGGAUCUUUUAUAUUAUUGAACUUGAGAUUUGUUUUCCCUUAGAACUUGCAAACAUGUCUGGUUCGAAUAAGACACUUACAGUGAGCAGUAAUUCGGCUUUUUCACGGCCCGAGUACAACGCAUCGCCGACAGCGGGCAGCACGCCGAGCAGCCCGGAGAAAACACCCACGGACCCAGGGCGGGAGAACCGGUCCUUCACCGUGGAAUCGCUAGUGCGAAAGGAAGGGGAUUCAUCCCCUACGACAAAUCUACCGUACUCGACACAGCUCAGCAACCCGGACGGUGCGGUGGUGACAAGGGACAGUGUAACUAGCAUCAGUACUAAGCCGGCCACUUCUCCGUGCUGUGUAUCCGCUACCAGCCCUUCCUUCGCGUACACGGUGGAGGGGAUCCUCGCAAAGUCCCCCCACCACUCCACCGCCGGUAGUCGCGACACUGGUCAUCUCCACCACCGGCAUCACCAUAAUCAGCACCGUAGAACCAGUGAAUUAUCCCCAACGAGUAAGACAUACACAUGGAGUAACUCAAGUUUCCCGUGGAUGCAAGGAGGCAGACUCUCACCACCUUCACUUAGUACCACCGACUCUCGUUCCUAUGGCACCUCAGGCGCACCGAGUGCCAACAAAGUGCAGUGCACAUUACGCAAACAUAAGACCAACCGCAAACCCAGGACGCCGUUCACCACCUCCCAACUCCUGUCCCUGGAGCGUAAGUUCCGCCAGAAGCAGUACCUCUCCAUCGCCGAGAGGGCCGAGUUCUCCGCCUCGCUCAACCUGACGGAGACCCAGGUCAAGAUAUGGUUUCAGAACCGGCGGGCGAAGGCCAAGCGACUCCAGGAAGCUGAGCUGGAGAAACUCAAGAUGGCCGCCAAGCCCAUCCUGCCGCCUGGGUUCGGCUUCCCGUUCCCGGCGACGUACUAUUCACUGGGGCAUAUUCACCGGCACGCAGCCGCCAUGCCCGGGCUGCUCCAGCCGCUCCAGUUUGCUCCGUACUCGUACUUUCCCGGAGCUGCCACGGCUGGUCACCAUAGUCCACCCGGAUCGAGUCUAUUGUAUCCGUACUCGGCCUCAGGAACGAUAUAAACAGGGUUCCUCAAAGACUGAAUUAAAACUUGACAGUACGUUCAUUAAAGUUGAAACAGACGGGUACUACAGUCACACGACUAUGGGAACCCAUCUCUACACAGCAAAGUAUAGGACAACAUCGUUUCCUGUGGCUGCACAGUAGUCCCAAGCUCAUCUUAACAGAUACAGAGCAAAGAUGACUAAAAUGAGAUACACAGCAAUCCUCUUGAACCACAGCAAUGUGCACAACAUCAACAGCUUCAAGCAUGUGAUAAAACUAUUGCCAUUUUAAAUACUACUGCUGUAGACUGCUAUAAGUACUAUAUUAGUCCCCAAUGUGGACCUCAACAAAAGUUGCAGUACAUUUUGUUUUCACUGAAACAGUACAAUUUUUCCGAGGCUGAUAAUGUCACUGCCCAUCCUCAGAGGCUUUUGAUUGACAUCUAAGGCCGAUGAUGUAGAACCUCAUUUAACUGAUACUAUAUCCUCUUUGAUAGCAAACCUCAUUACAUUGCCUCACAUGGGUGAUUUUCAAAUCCUUCGAUCUUUGAGGCUUUCCUUUGCCAAUGAUACAUAACCAAUGUAGGAAAGAGUCAAUUCAUUCCAAAUAUUAUCACAGUUUUCAAUACAAGCAACUAUUGAGAAUAUCCAAGUGGUUACGUUUGUAGUGACCAAGUUUCUGUGUUACCAGGGAUUUGUGUGCAUUUAAUGCGUAAAUCGAAAUAAGAAAGUGAUGCUUGGAGGACAAUAUUAUGAUCAGUCUCACAUUUCUGUCUGAAAAAAAAACAUCUCAGGGCGUAAACCUCGAUUAUCAAGUUUGAUUCAUUAUAUGAUAAUUAGUGGUGAGGCCGAGUCCGAAUUGCGGCUACGAUUGUAAGGGUGCUGCUUAGGGCUUCCCAUGCUUCAACAUAUGUUGGCUUGGUGAUACAGCCGUAGCCGAUUCGGAAUCGGACUGGGUAAGCAUUACAUGCAAAUGUAAACCCGAGAAAAAGAGGUCCAUCCAAUACCAAUAGAGACUUGAAACACUAUGUGGACUUGCACACGUCCACAGUAGUUUUCACAGUGAUGAAGAAUAUGUGUUUGCUUUUACAUGCACAGAACAAAGUAAUGUCCACAGAGAGUAUGUAAUUAACACAGGGCUGUUGUUAGUGUCAUAAAGUACUAUUAAUUUAAAACAAGAUAAAAACAUAUAGGUCCUAAGGUGCCCAAAAUUGAUAACAUUUCAAAAACAGUACUACGCAAUUUUUUAUAUUUAAUGUUAGGUAAAUCGGAUUGUUGACAAUUUGGCUCUAAGAAAACAACAAUCCGACUCAAAUUGAAACUGAAAAUUAAAACCACCCUCAUUAAUCCCUGCUCUGAAAAAGUGAAAUUCCUAAAAAAGAAUUCUAGUUUCUAUUUCGAUGCACUCAAAGGUUAAUUUCUUACGACAAACCGCACGCGGGUCUAAAAGCAUAUUCCACUUAUUCAAAGGUUAAAUAUCAAAUCGGAAUCAGGCCUAUACAUAAUAAAUGGGUAUCGGUCUAAAUUUAUGAAAAGGUAAGGGCUUUGGCUUAAAGGCAGGGUAUACCUUUGGUAAUUACUUACAAAAAUAAUUACCAUACAAACUUACUUGAUGAAGAGCGCUGGUGAGAUUUUUAUAUUAUCCACCAUUGUUGAAAAAGACACCUUUUGCAGUAUAAUGUAGUUUUAGAGAGAGGGUUAUGUUUUCACCCACAAAUUUGAAAUUGAGAAAGGCUUCAGGCAUGAAGUAUUCUUUGGAUUGACACUUUUUUUAUAAUCAGCGAACUUUACCUUUGAGAUAAACCAAUUAUUUUUAGUUUUGUAAUUACCACUUCAGCUCUUUGUCUUUAAAGUUGUCCUUCUCCUAUUCCAUUAAAUCGAAUCGUGUUAUUUUCUUCUUUUUUCGUUGGGGGAGGGGGGGGGGGGUGUACCAAAAUACGAUUCCAAUCCCGUUUUUCAGUCCCCCGCCUAAAAACCAAUUACGAUUAAGUAGCCGAGAUUGCCUACGUGUGUUUUAAUACAUACAUUGCUGCUUAUUCCAAGUCAAUGAUAUUUAUAAAAUGGGAAGGCACCACAAAUUAAGUACUAUUUAAUGACUGCCAUUAAGAUGGGGUUUAUUAGUUGCUGUCUUUUCUAUUGUUUCUGUCGAUCCAUCUACAAUUCAAAUGCACACUGCAGGAUUGAACACGCUCAGGUUCCCAUUAAUAAAGCUAAUAUUUUGUCCGCCCAGCGGAAUAAUUUGAUUUCUCUGAGGAAGGCUAAAAGGUGCAGGUCAGUCACUAUUUCUGCUAUGAUUUAAAGACAGUGGACACUAUUGGUUAUUGUCAAAGCUUUGUCUUCUCACGUGGUGUAUCUGAACAUAUA